AUGCCAAUGGGUUUGGCACCCAGAGUCUUCCUCGGCAUCUCAUUUGCGAUACGAGCCGUCGGCUUGUCUAAUCUCACUGCAUUAUUUGAGCCAUAUCUUUCACCUGAAGCUGAUAUCAUACUGCCCGGAGAUGCAGAUUGGGCAACCAAAGUGCAACCAAGAUGGUCUGAUUACACACCCCCCACGCUCAUCGGUGUCAUCAAGCCUAUGACAGAAUCAGAUAUUCAACAUACCGUCAAGAUAGCCCAUUCCAACAACAUCAAGUUUCUUGCCACGGGUGGAGGACAGUCCUUUUCUGAUUACAGCAACUUCCAUGGCAUAUCCAUUGAUCUAGGCAACUUCAACUCUACUAAGUUUGAUGACACUCGGACCUAUCUGACCAUCGGGGGAGCGGUGAAAUAUGACCAGUUGACCGAUCUGCUGUACAACGCCUCGAAAGAGCUUCCUUUGGCAUCAUGCGCUUGUCCAGGUGUCUUGGGAGCCACCCUCGGUGCUGGGAUCGGGCCUCUCAUGGGUCACCGCGGGCUGAUGAUCGAUGCUCUAGUAUCUGUUCGGCUUAUCACGGCAGACGGAAGUAUCCUCACGGCCUCACGAGAAGAGAACCAUGAGCUGUUUUGGGGGAUCCGCGGAGCAGGAAGCAACUUCGGAAUCAUCACCUCUGCAACCUUCCGAGUUUGGGGUAUCACAAACAAUGGUCUAGCUAUGUCCGCUGGACUGGUGUUUCCGGCUUCUGUGAACGGCAGUUACUGGAGAGUAUUGCAGACAUUUGACGACGAUAUGCCGGCCCGGUUGGCUUUGACCAACAUGGCUUUCUUCGAUCGCCAAACAAACCAGUCAUAUAUCGUUCUCAACGCCAUAUACUUUGGACCAAGGGAGGAGGGCGAGUCAUAUCUAGAGCAGUUCAGAAAAUUGGGUCCCCUCAGAGAUAUGGUACAAAUGGUUCCUCAGAACACUUUAUUCCCUCCUGUCCUCGGGUCGUGUACCCCAGGUCAAAAAGUGAAUAUCCAGAGCGUUGCAGUCAAACGCACAGAUCCAGAGACUCUAGACUCAGUCUUCGCCGACAUGAAUCAAUUCUGGCAUGAACAUACUGGAUAUCAAGGACGGCUCCUCAUUCCUCGCUUUGCAAAUGAUGCAACUGCGGGUGUGAAAGACAACGAAACAUCAUAUCCGUGGCGGGAUGCCAUUGCGCAUAUAAGCAUCGAAGGCUAUAUGACGGAUACGUCCAUAUAUGAUAUCGUCGACGAGUUUGAGCAACGACUGAGAAAUCAAAUUGCAAAUGUAAGCGGAUACCCCAGCCUUGCCACAUACACCGGAUAUGCGCGAGGAAACGAGGGAGCAGUAGCAUGGUACUCGUCUCGGAAUUUAGCCCGGCUCUCAGCUCUGAAGCGGAAAUGGGAUCCAAACCAGCUUUUUGGGUUCAAGAAGCCUAUUCCGCUCUAG